AUGAAUUUUGUCACAUUCAACCAAGACCAUAGCCAUCUGGGCGUCGGCACGCCUAAUGGCUACCGCAUAUACACCACGGACCCGUUCAACAAGCAGUCCGAGUCGCGCGAGGGAGAUGUCUCGAGCUUGGAGAUGCUCUUCUCGACAUCGCUAGUUGCUCUCACACUGUCGCCACGAGUGCUGCGGAUACAAAACACAAAGAGGCACUCGACCAUAUGUGAGAUGACCUUUCGAACAGCCAUUCUGGCCAUGCGGAUGAACAGGAAGCGAAUCGUAGUUGUGCUCGAGUCGGAGCUCUACAUCUACGAUAUAAGCAACCUCCAGAUGCUCAAGACCGAGAAGACGUCGCCUAAUCCGAAUGCGAUAUGCGCCCUAUCCGCAUCAUCUGAAAACAACUAUCUUGUUUAUCCGCUACCCACCAAAGCCGCACCCGCUACCUUCCAGCCGCCUUCGCAUGCGCCGCCCAAGACUGAUCACAUUGCGCCCACAAGCGGAGAGGUCCUGAUAUACGAUGCGACAAAGAUGGAGGCAGUCAACGUCAUCGAGGCGCACAACUCCCCACUGUCCUGUAUUGCGCUGAACAGCGAUGGCACCCUGCUGGCGACGGCAUCAGAAAAGGGCACCAUCAUCCGUGUUUUCUCUAUACCCGAUGCACAGAAGCUGUACCAGUUUAGGAGGGGUUCCAUACCAGCUAGGAUAUACAGCAUGUCCUUCAAUUCCACAUCGACCUUGCUCAGCGUAUCGUCAGCGACCGAGACGGUCCACAUCUUCCGCUUAGGAGCGCCCAACAGCAGAAGUAAUAGCGUCUCUUCCGGGCCCAGCAAGCCCAUGGGGGCGUCCCAUGCGCGCAGCAAUAGUCGAGCAAGCCAAGAGACAGAGGACGAGUUUGGUACGAGCACGGCAGAUAUAACGUCGCCAGAGCGGAAAGCCAUCAAUCCCACGUUUGGUAGCUUGAUACGACGCACAUCGCAAACCGUUGGAAAGUCGUUCGCUGCUACUGUCGGCGGAUAUCUACCUAGCGCUGUAGCAGAGAUAUGGGAGCCAUCGCGCGAUUUUGCUUGGGUCAAGAUACCGCGCUCGCCCACGAGCUUGUCUUCAGGGCCUGUUAGAAAUGUAGUAGCACUCAACAACAACGGCCCUCAGAUCAUGGUUGUCACCAGCGAAGGCAACUACUAUGUCUUCAACGUAGACUUGGAGAAGGGAGGCGAGGGGACGUUGUACAAACAGUACUCCCUUCUCGAACCGAACGAGCUUGCGGCAAGCAACUCGCAAGAUGUGCCAGAGUAG